CUGCAACAGACAAGUGAAUGGAUCUACUCAUCGGAAUUCAGCAAAGACCUCAAGCCAUUCCGCGACAGCUAACAGCUGGUAAAAGAGAUCUAGGAAACGAAUACAAUCUGUAACGUGAGUCCAAUACUGGACGAGGGAGUUUUGAAUCGUACGCAACAGUCGGGGACAACGAAGUCAUCAAAGCUCGAAAUUGUUAUCAUUUUGGAUUUUUAUACUGACUGAAAAGCAUCUACAAACUUAUAUAAUAUCAAAUGGAUAUUGAAGUUGAAUCAGCUGAUGUAAUACGUUUAAUAGAACAAUACUUAAAGGAAAGUAAUCUACUACGUACUUUAUGUGCACUACAAGAAGAGACAAAUGUAUCAUUGAAUACUGUUGAAUGUAUUGAAACUUUCAUCUCAGAUAUUAUAAAUGGUCAUUGGGAUAUUGUAUUACAAACAGUGAAAUAUUUAAAAUUACCAGAAUCAAAGUUGAUGGACUUAUAUGAACAAAUUAUAAUUGAAUUGAUUGAAUUACAUGAUAUUAGUGCAGCUCGUUCAAUACUUCGACAAACUGAUACUAUGAUACAUAUGAAACAUAAUCAAGUUGAUCGUUAUACACAUUUAGAAAAUUUAUUGAAUCGAACAUAUUUUGAUCCUAAAGAAGCAUAUCCUAAUGGACAAACAAAAGAUAAACGUAGACAAUUAUUAGCUACAUCAUUAUCUGAAGAAGUGAAUAUUGUUUUACCAUCACGUUUAUUACUUCUACUUAGUCAAUCAUUGAAAUGGCAACAACAUCAAGGAUUACUACCAGCUGGUAGUACAAUUGAUGUAUUUCGUGGUAAAGCAGCAGUACGUGAACAAGAAGAAGAGAAACCACCGACAAAAUUAUCUACAGUUAUACGUGUAGUUCAAAAGUGUCAUGUGGAAUGUGCUAGAUUCAGUCCUGAUGGUCAAUUUUUAGUCACUGGUUCAGUUGACGGUUUCAUAGAAAUAUGGAAUUUUACAACUGGGAAAUUAAGAAAAGAUUUGAAGUACCAAGCCCAAGAUACUUUUAUGAUGAUGGAGGAUAGUGUACUUUGUUUAACAUUCAGUCGAGAUUCAGAAAUGCUUGCCUCUGGUGCUAAUGAUGGAACAAUUAAAGUUUGGCGUAUACAAAAUGGUCAAUGUUUAAGACGUUUAGAGAAAGCUCAUCACAAAGGCGUUACAGCUAUUCAAUUUUCUAAAGAUAAUACACAUUUAUUAUCAGCUAGCUUAGAUCAUAGUAUUCGGAUACAUGGUAUGAAAUCGUGUAAAAUCAUUAAAGAAUUUAGUGGGCAUACUGGUGUUGUUAAUUCAGUUUCUUUUCUCCCAGAUGGGCAUAAUAUUAUUAGUGGAAGUGCAGAUGGUUGUGUACGUAUAUGGUCUGUGCGCUCUGGAGAGUGUACAAAUGCAUUCAAGGCGAUUUCUGGCUUAGUUGGUCAUGAAGUAUCCAUACAUUCAAUUCAUUUAAUGCCUCGUAAUGCAGAUCAAUUUGUUGUUGCUAGUCGUUCUAAUACAGUGGCAAUAAUGAAUAUGCAAGGACAGAUUGUUCGAAGUUUUUCUAGUGGUAAACGUGAAGGUGGAGAUUUUCUUGAUUGUACAGUCAGUGGACGAGGUGAAUGGAUAUAUUGUGUUGCUGAAGAUCAUUUAUUGUAUUGUUUCAAUGUUGCCGCCGGUGGUAAACUGGAGCGUACAAUGCGAGACAAACCAUGCAGCUCACUAACCUCACUCACUUAUUCCGAUUCAGACUGGACACACAGGAAAAGCUCUCGUCUUCCCGGCAGACCAGAGGAUCAUGAACCAAAUGAAUGCAAAUCCAAAUCCAAAGUAAACCCCUGCAUUGUCUUAGAUGAGGGCUGGAAGGCGAAAUAAAAAGAAAAUCAAGGAUGGACAAUAAAGCGAGACCAAACACCGUC